AUUCGUACAAUCGUGGCCAAGAGCAUCCAUUCUUUGCUUGUCUGUUAAGAGGUAAUGAAAGUGGCAGCCGAGAAUUUCUCGUUCAACAUCAGAUAUUGGAGAUUUGAGAAGUAAAUUUUUUUCAGAUAUCUCUGGAACGUCCAAGGACUUGCCAAUAAAGGAUUCUGUCUCAGACAUUCUUGAACCCUUCGAACAGACUGCAUUUGGGACAUUGUGGAAGAUUCCUACAUCAACCACUUUCGAAUUCCAAAGUUCUCAAUUUGAUUCCAGCGUUGAUUCAGGCGGUACAAAUGAUGUAGUGAAAGCAUCCAGUCCCGAUACCUUUGAAACAACUGAAGCACACCAAAGUGUUCCUGUCCUAGCAAGACCUAUAGUUGAAAAAUGAUUUGUUCUGAAAUAUAGGAAAUCGAACCUGUCAAAGAUUCCGCCUCCUCAGUCAGCCGCAUCAUUUUAUAAUGGAUAUUCCCCACAAUUUGAAAUUUUGGAAUCAUGUGACAGCACUAUGAGGCUAAAUUUAUACUUGAAAGCUAGAAAGAAUGAUGUGAGUGGUGGUGUUCCGGGAAAAUUCUUGCAUGCUGUAAUUGGCCAGGAUGUUUCAGAUGUUGGAUCCUUAGCUUCAACCAUCAUGUAUGCUUUCUACUUGAACGAAACACUCGAAAGUGACGAGUUCUGCACUGUACCUAUCAUUAAUAUGAAGAGGGAAGACCUAAGUUCUCAUGCAGAACUAAAAUGUUUGCUGGAUUCAUGUCAUUUUGAUGAGUCAUCCUUAAUCCUUGUAGAUGAGAUUGAUCUUUCAUAUUAUGAUCUGUUUGGGUAUCUCAAGUUAGAUCUACGGAAUGGACACAAGCUCCAAACAAGACAAGUGACACUAAAGGAAGCGGUCGUUGAAGUGUUCAAAUGCAGAAAAGCGCAUUUUGGUGAAUCUGUGUAUCUUUGGGUUGAGAAUGUUACUCUUGGUCAGGUAUGAUGCGGGAAACUAUGCAUUUGCAUUGCUUUUUGUUGCGGAGAUGACUGAUGAGUACCGAAUCUGACUGCGUCAGUUUCAUA